CGAUGGCCGCCGAAUCAUCAGGACCUCCGAAGGUGGAAGAUUUCAAUUUCGAGAAACCGAUCAGCAAAGGAGCUUUCGGUCAAGUCUACCUCGGGCACAAGAAGUCCAAACCCGACAUUAAACUAGCCAUCAAAAUUAUGCAGAAGCAGCAUCUACAGAACAAAAACAUGCUCGCCAGGGUCCAAGAAGAAAAGAACGCGUUAGCGAUAUUAGAAGACAAUAAUCAUGUUGUGAAAUUACUCUAUUGUCUGCAGAAUGUGGAUCAAGUUUACCUUGUAAUGGAGUAUUUAGUAGGCGGCGACCUCAAAUCUCUGCUUGAAGUUUUCGGCUGUUUUACCGAUUACAUGAUCGCGUUUUACUCGGCUGAAAUCGGACUCGCUUUGAAUUUUCUGAACAAACGCCAGAUUAUUCAUCGAGAUGUAAAACCAGAUAACUGUUUAAUUGAUAAGUCCGGGCAUCUUAAGCUUACAGAUUUUGGACUGGCAAAAAUCCAAGUUAUUCCGAACGUCGACAAGAUUUUAAACAGUUUGCAAUGUGGAAGAACGCCUGGUCAAAUUAUGAGUCUUAAAAUGAACAUAUGCAAAGAAAAGUACACAAAGAAAAGUGGGAUCGCUUUUUUGUUGAGUCCUCUUGAUGUGAAAGAAAAGGAAAAAACCGAUGUUAAAUUUGACCUCGGAAGCCAAAAUAUUCCGAAAUCAAUGAUAUCCAAUCACAAACUUUGCCGGACGUUCAGUCAGCCUAGUCAUAUGAAUUCGGAAAAGCCGAAAGCUACGGCACUUCGAAGAAAACGAAGUAUAGAUUUUGUUUCGGGCUCGGUAGACAAGCAGAAUUUCAAAUGUGCAGCUUUGAGUGAUGCUUCAGAGUUGGUACCAUGUAAAACGGACGAUGCGAGUCCGGAGAUAUUAGCUGAAAUUAACGAAAUGUUGGAAAACAAACAACAUGAAACGCCUCCAGGCGCUAAACUGGCUGGUUUAAUUUUGGACCAAGAAAAGGAAAAAGAAAAUGAGUAUCCUUCGAGGGUCAGUGAUGUUUUAGACGAUGCCGAGAAACUAUCGGAUUCUUGGAGAGUGAAUGAAAUCAAAGAAGAGAUGCGAAGUUUUCGAAGCCUAAGUAUAAGUUCGCUUCUAAAUUCAACUUAUUCGUCAACAGGUGGGUUGAAUGACGAAUCUCUGCUCUCAUUAGACGGAAGUUACUGUGAAGCGAAAGCUGAGUCCAAGGAACAGACAAUUUGGACCUCUAAACCUAGUCUUGACAUCAUUUCGGUUCUCGAACCUCGCGGAAGUCACGAUGAUUCAAUAGAAUUAAUGCGAUGCAAUGAUAGUAGAUUAAGUAUCAGAGAUUGUGAGUCACGGAUGCAACGUCUCAGUUUAGUCUCGUUUAAUCUGUCGCCUUCUGAGAAAAUUUCAACGGCUGGUUCCAUUUCGAUGAGCCCCGGCUCUGAACUGGCUAAAAUUUUGCCACGAUUGAUUGCUGACGAUCAGUAUGAGAGACGAGGAAGCGAAGUGCAAUCGGGUGGCUCCGGCGACAAUCCGAAGGUAACCUUAGAUGUGAAUCAGCAGCAGCCGAGAAAGGUGUGGACGCCGAGUGUGAAAAGUUGGAAGUCGUCUCCUAUCCCCACGACGCCGUUCACGCCCGCGGCAACGCCCUAUCGAGUGUUGAGAGCGACAGCUUGUAGAAGCAGGAGAAAGGCAGUGAGAAAAGGAACUACCUUUUCCACUGAGCGGGUUUUGGGUACCCCUGAUUACAUAGCGCCUGAAAUCAUCCAACGCAGUCUGAACAAACCAGGCUCCUCCUACUCUUACCCAGUUGACUGGUGGUCUCUAGGGGUGUGCAUGUUCGAAUUCGCGACCGGGGUGCCCCCCUUUAACGAUGAAACGGCCCCUCAGGUAUUGCAGAAUAUCCUCAGUUGUGAUAUUCCGUGGCCGACGGGCGAAGAGGAGUUGGACGAGAGUUUAAUACGGCCAAUUCAGGCCCUCCUGACCACAUGUCCCGAAGAUCGAGCAGAGUUCUCAGCUCUGAAACAGAUGUCUCUGUUCGACUGUAUCGUAGACUGGGAUGACAUGGCUACUCACCAGGAACCCCCUUUUGUCCCCAAUCCCUCAGACCCAUCAGACACAGACUACUUCAAGCCGCGCAACGAAGCACGGAACAUCAGGAUGACUGUCUCAGAUUUAUGACUUUAACGGCCGGAAAAAAUUUGAAGAUUGUUCUAGAAUCUUAACAAAAAGUGUACAAUCGAAGUCAUUUAUCGCGGAAAAAGUGUGAAGAUUGUUCGAGAAUCAGAGCAUACAAAGAUGUACAGUCAAAUUAAGUCAGUUUUUGCCUAUAGGUGUAUUGUGCGAGUUGAGACUUUCAAGGUCAAAAAUUAUCAGACGCGUAUUUCGUGUAAACCUAUCAAUGUCGAAGGGAGCUGUCAUAAUAUUAGAGCCAAAGAUAGUAAAAGAUUGUAAAUAAACAAAGAUGGCCAUUUACAUUUCUAGCAACCAGAAACCACGCAACAAGAAACUGGCAAAGUUAAACUAUAGACAAAUUAGAUUUUGUGAGUUUUGAAAGAAGAAAUUAUCCACAGAAAUUGAAAAGUGGAGGUGGAGAAGUUUGGCAACGUAUUUGGCAAUCACCAGAAAAAAGUGCAGUUAAUAAUUCAUCAUCUUGCGGUGCAUUAGUUUUAGAAUUAGUUCAUCAGUUUUUGUGAAUUUCUUCAUACGCUUUUUUUUAGUUUUUAGAGCUUACUUAGUACAUAGUUAGUCUAUUUUCAACCAUUCAUUUCCAUUUCUUAUAAUUUUUGCUGUAUUUUGCAUUAACUAUUUCUUUUUAUAUUCUCUGAAAUUCAAG